CCUGCUUUAGCAGUUUUCUCCUCUGAACCCGGUCAGCAGGUCUGGAUGGGACAUGACUCUGUCUGCGAUCACACUGCUCGUAUUCACUGGAGCUGUUUCUGCUUCUGCAGCAAAAUCCAUCCACGACUUCCACUACACCUACGGGUGCUACGAACACGGCGAGGUACGGGUGGACGUCGUCGUGGACGAUGACGUGGCCGCAUACGCUGACUUCAGCAAGGAUGAAGUGGUGAUUGCGAUACCUCACCUGCCACGGUCUGUUCCAGACCUGAAGAAGAGGGGUUACGCGUUAGCCGAAGCUAGCAUUGCUCACUGUCACAGUGUUUUGGGUAAAGCAAGAAAAGCCGAUCCUGGUGUUCCCAUUCGGCAAGACGCUCCGGACAUCUCCAUGCAUACCCGGUAUGAGGGGGAGGACGGUGUGGUGAACACCCUCUUCUGUUUGGCCAAUCACUUCUACCCCCCCUCCAUCAACUUCACAUGGACGAAGAAUGGGGUGGAGGUCACGGAAGGGGUGUCCAACCUGCGGUACCGCCACAACAGUGACGGGACGUUCCACAGAAUUUCAUCCCUGAGUUUUACUCCCCGGGAGGGAGACGUUCACUCCUGUCGGGUGGAGCAUCGGGCCUUACAUCGGCCUCUCGCCAGGAGCUGGGAGCUGGCGGAGCGGCGGAGCAGCGUGAGUCCUGCAGCUGUAUUCUUCGGAGGGAGCCUUGUUUUGUGCCUGAUGGGAAUCGCCGCCGGAGCCUUCUUCUUCAUCAAGAAGCCAAAUUAGUGCCCUCAAUUUUUGGGGAUUUUAACAUUUGCAGCUAAACCAGCGUUCAGCUAAGCAUUGACAUGUUUUAAUGAAUGCUUGAUCUUUUUUUUGUUUGUAUAAUGAAACAACUGUAUGCCACAUUUGGACAAACUGGGCUGUGCGAUUGGACUAGCCUUCCACGUGUAACAAGGGAUUGCCCCGCAGAUUCCACUUUAAAGACUCAUCUCAAACACUGGCUUGAGACAAACCACAAACUGGGACAGCUUUUAUACUGACAUUUGCAUAAAAUAAUUUGUUAUUGGAUUUGAUUAACCCUUGUGUUGUCUUUUUGCCAAAAAUAAAAAUCAAAGUUUUUUUAUCCAUGUUUUUAA